GACAAUAGAACGACGUCACAUCACAGUCUGAACUCAACUUGAAAUUAUAUUAAAACGAUCUAAUAUCUUUUUUUAAAUUCAAGUAAAUUGAUUUGAAGUUAUAUUUGUGCUUGUUAUUAUCCAAGAAUGUCCGAGGACGACACCUUUAAGAGUUUCCGGUAUCCACCACUGUCAACUGCACUUGCCACAAACCAUAUACCUAACCUUGAAAGGGCAGUUGCGUUUAAGAGUGAUUUCAGGUUAAAACCACCUUCGCCGCCCCCAUUGGAAGAGCUCGAAUCAGAGUCAGUAACUGUUAUCUACGAAAUAAAGAGAAUACUACCAGUACAGCAACCCGUACCGAAGAAAAUCGAGGAAGUCGACCUGGGGAUCAAAAUAUCUUUAUUACCAUCACUAGCAGACGACAUAAUAAGAAUUGAAAAGGUAUUAAGGAACACUAUCAUAGAAUUGCCUGCACUGAGAAAUAGAACACGAAGAAGACGCAAAUAUGUUUUUGUUCCCAACUCUAACCAAGGAGUUCAAUCGCAUUAAAAAAAAAAAGACCACCAAAAUCUUGGAUUGUGAUCUUCCAUGAGCAAAAACCCCCCCAAAAACCCUGUUGUUUUGAUUAGCGAACUUAUAAAGUUACUCUGUACCGUGGCAUAAAAAUUAUGAAUUGGUUUUAAGUUUCUAUUACCCAUAUAUUUCAAGUCUUAAUGUAAUCAGAAGUGUUUACAAAAUUUAGCUGUUGUUCUUGUGAAUUUUUAUAUUAGUUUCGCUAUAGGCUUAGACUUCAUAUAAAUAGCAAAGAUGAUAUGCUAUUUGAUUUUUAAGGAAUAGUCUGUUUAUUCAUGAAUCCUUUUAUAGUAUAUACACAUUUAUAGAGUAUCAAUACAAAAUGUACAUUAAUAAAAAUCUAGACUUGAAAUUAUGUUUUAUGUUGCCACACAUUGUAUGCCAGACAUCGGGAGUGUGUGUGUGUGUGGGGGGGGGGGGGGGGGAGAAAGAGUGUGCCUUCCUUAGGUCUAUGGUGUACACCGAUUGCCCACGACUCCCUGGCAAUAUUUCGUCCACAUUUUUGGCCAAUUUGCAAUUUUAUAUUUUUUUUGACAAAUAUAAGAUGUGCGGUGACCCUCCUCAACAGUUGAUCCUAUCGAUGCAAUUCUCAAAUAACUUCAGAACAAAAUAAAUUUUCAAAAUGUGUAUUGUGAUAUACUCACAAAGUUGCUACAACUUGCCAAAUUUCACCUCAAUACAUACUGAUGAAUAAAAAGAU